AGCGUACGUGGAGUUUGUGGGGUUCGGGGUGACUGAGAGUCUGGGGGACUGGUGAAGUCAGAGAAGCGGACGUGUAGAAGGGGCACAGCGGGGUGGGAGCUGUAAACGGAAAACCAGGACUGCAUUUGGGGUGGCGACUCAGGCGAGGGGCUUGGGUGGUGGCACUGGAGUAGAGGUGCAGGCUGGGGAUAACCAGGACUGACCUAGUGGAGGAGAUCCGACGAGAGCAGGGACUAGGGCCCAGCCCCGGGUGGAGGACUUGUAGGGCUGUGCUCUUGAGUCUGAUUUAAGGGUUCCUCUGCAGGUUUGGGGGUGGGGUAGGCACCUCCCUGUCCUUUGAGCCUAAGACAGUUGGGAACCUGAGAGACAUUCCACAUGGGGGCGUGUCCCCCGGCAGCCCUGGACCUGGGGAAGUUGACAAGACAGGCAGGUCACUGGGUAGGCCAGUUAGCACAAAGGUGAGGAGAGGGAGGGACUCCGACCUGGCUCCACUCUCCUCAGCUGCCAGACGCCCAGAGGACAGAGCAGAAAGUGACUCCAAGCCACAAGUCUAGGAGCACCUGGGACAGGACCAAGGAAAUGGCCCCGCCACCUCUGCCAUCACCUGCCAAUACCCCAAUCCUGCACGGAGAGUUUGGCUCCUACCCCGUCCAUGGGCCACGGUUAGUCCUCACCCUCACACAGCAGGCCCUGCACAUACAACGGCUGCGCCCAAAGCCAGAAGCCCGGCCCCGUGAUGGCCUGGUCCCACUAUCUGAAGUUUCAGGCUGCAGCACACUGCAGAGCCGCAGCCCCUCAGACCCUGCGGCCUACUUCUGUGUCUAUACCUAUCCUCGUGGACGGCGAGGAGGCCGUCGCAGAGCCACCCGCACCUUCCGAGCAGAUGGGGCAGCCACCUAUGAGGAGAACCGUGUGGAAGCCCAGCGCUGGGCAACAGCUCUCAUGUGUCUCCUCCGAGGAGUCCCCUUGCCUGGAGACCAGGAGAUCACUCCUGAACUGCUGCCUCGGAGAGCCCGACUGCUCCUAUUGGUUAAUCCCUUUGGGGGGCGGGGCAUGGCCUGGCAGCGCUGUAAAGACUACGUGGUGCCCAUAAUUUCUGAGGCCGGCCUGUCCUACAACCUCAUACAGACAGAACGACAGAACCAUGCCCGAGAGCUAGUGCAGGGGCUGAACCUCAGUGAGUGGGAAGGCAUCGUCACCGUCUCUGGAGAUGGGCUUCUUUAUGAGGUGGUGAACGGGCUCUUGGAUCGCUCUGACUGGGAGAAGGCUGUGCGGAUGCCUGUGGGGGUUCUCCCCUGUGGGUCAGGAAACGCGCUGGCUGGAGCAGUGAACCACCAUGGCGGGUUUGCGCCUGCCGUAGGCAUCGAUCUCCUGCUUAACUGCUCACUGCUGCUCUGCCGGGGUGGCAGCCACCCAAUGGACCUGCUCUCCGUGACACUGGCCUCAGGAACCCGAUGUUACUCCUUCCUGUCUGUGGCCUGGGGCUUCCUGUCAGAUGUGGACAUUCACAGUGAGCGCUUCAGGGCCCUGGGCAGUGCCCGGUUCACCCUGGGUGCAGUGCUGGGCCUGGCCACAUUGCAUACCUACCGGGGUCGCCUCUCCUACCUCCCUGCGGCUGCGGAGCCGGCUCUGCCCGCUACUGGCCACAGGCUGCCUCGGGCCAAAUCAGAGCUGGCCCUAGCCCCAGCCCCAGCCCCUCCAGUCACCCAUUCGCCUUUGCAUCGCUCUGUGUCUGAUUUGCCCCUGCCCUUGCCCCUGCCCCAGUCUGCCUUGGCUUCUCCUGGCUCCCCUGAGCCCCUGCCUGACCUGUCCCUCAACGGUGGGGGACCAGAGCUGACAGGGGACUGGGGGGGAGGUGGGGAUGCUCCUCUCUCUCCAGACCCACUGUUGCUCUCCCCUUGCAGUUCUCCCAAGGUAGCUCCACUCUCACCCAUCAGUGAAGGGCCUCCAGAAAUGCCAGCAUCCUCGGGUCUCCCGCCCCCCACCUCUGGUGCUCCAGUGGCCUCUACCUGUGGUCCAACUGACCACCUGUUGCCUCCACUGGGCACUCCGUUACCCCCGGACUGGGUAACAAUAGAGGGGGAUUUCGUGCUAAUGUUGGCUAUCUUACCCAGCCACCUGUGCGCUGACUUGGUGGCGGUCCCGCAUGCGCGCUUGGACGAUGGUUUGGUACAUCUGUGCUGGGUACGCAGUGGUGUGUCGCGGGCUGCGCUACUGCGCAUCCUGCUGGCCAUGGAACAUGGCAACCACUUCAGCUUGGGCUGCCCCCAUCUGGGAUACGCCGCGGCCCGUGCCUUCCGCCUCGAGCCACUCACAACACGUGGCGUGCUCACGGUGGAUGGGGAGUUGGUGGAGUACGGGCCAGUGCAGGCGCAGGUACACCCACACCUCUGCACGCUGCUCACUGGGCCUGCAGGCCGGGCAUGAACUAGGGGCGGGGAUCCUGACUCAGGAUUGUGCGGGCCUUCGUAGAACCAGAGGCGACGCCCUAGGCCUGCCUGUGAGUAGUUCCUGAAGGCAAGGACAGCUGAUCCCCCAGCACCAUAGCCUGGGACUGGGCUGAGGCCGGGUCUGCCUUCCGCGUAGCCCAAUGACUCCUGGAAUGUAGGGGCUGGGAGAGGCCUUAGCCCAUUGGCCUGACAAGGGCUUGGGCCCGCCCACCCACCCCAGUGCCUCCACCCGACCGGCCAAUCAAUCCGGGAGGGGCAGGUUUCCCCCAGGCGGUCGGAUUUGCACUAUUGCUCCUCCCCUCGCUGGUGGGGCUAGGAAGUCUGUGUCACGUGCGUCUAGUCCUGUCUACAAAGCAAUUGCAAAGGUCUAUGCAAUAAAGGCUGUGGCUUCUUUCCUCCA